GUUAUUUUUCAUCUGCAACAUAAAUUGCACUACAAUAAUUGAGAAUAUCAACAGAUUAUCCGAGUAUAUAAGAAUCAUGGAUGGCAAAGAAACAUGUAGAUCGUGGAACGAUAUCGAUUCCAGUGAGGAAAUCGUUAUUUCUGGUAUUGCUGGUAGAUUUCCUUAUUCAGAUAACAUGAAUCAAUUACGAGAAAAUUUAUUCAAUAAAAUUGACCUUGUAAGAGCAGAUCAUAACCGAUGGGAAAUAGAUCAUGCGGAAUUUUCACGCCGUAUGGGAAUAGUUAAUAAUAUAGAAAAAUUCGAUGCGGAUUUUUUUGGAUUAUCUUUUGAGCAAGCACAUACACUUGUACCUGAUGUGAGAUUGUUAUUGGAACAUUCUUAUGAAGCAAUUAUCGAUGCGGGGAUCAAUCCAAAGCAAUUACAAGGAAAAAAUACUGCCAUAAGCGGUCAAAACGUUUUUGGAUGCCAUAAAUCUGCAAUGGCAAAUAUGAUUUCGUAUUGCUUCGAUCUGAAAGGACCAUCUUAUACUAUCGAUGCAACAUGCAGUUCUAGCCUUCAUGCUCUAGCCGUUGGUUAUGAAUGUAUCAUGUCAGGCAAAUGCGAAGACGCAAUAAUUGGCACCACACAAUUAUGUCUUUAUUCCAUAAUGAACCUGCACUUCGCUCGACUUGGUACUUUGUCACCCGACGGUUAUUGCAGACCAUUUGAUAUCGCUGCUAACGGUUAUUCGCGUAGCGAAACAAUUGAAGUAAUAUACCUUCAAAAAGCGAAAAAUGCUAAGAGAAUUUAUGCCAUAUGUCCCCAUGUAAAAUUAAAGAGCGAUGGUUACAAAGAAGAAGGAAUAAUGCAUCCUUCAUCUCGAAUGCAACAUAUCUUACUAAAGGAAUUUUAUGAGGAGUGCAAAAUACCAACAUCAUGUUUGGAUUAUUUCGAAGCACAUGGUACCGGUACCGUAGCUGGUGAUCCUUCAGAAAUUAAUGCUAUCUAUAAUGUUUUUUGUAAAAAUAGAGAAACUCCUUUAAUGAUCGGCUCCGUGAAAUCUAAUCUCGGGCAUUCUGAACCUGCGAGUGGUUUUAAUCAGAUUGCUAAGGUAAUAAUAGCAUUCGAAACUGGUUCUGUUCCACCAAAUAUCAAUUAUACAACGCCAAGGAAAGAUAUAGAUGCUUUGAUAAAUAACAGUGUUUGUGUAGUACAAAAACCAUUGCCACUUAAAAACGGUUAUAUAGGUAUUAAUUCUUUCGGUUUUGGAGGAUCUAUUGCUCACACGUUAUUAAAGUGGAAUAAUAAACUAAAAAUAAAUAAUGGAGCACCAAACGAUGACUUACCUAGGCUUGUCAUAUUAUCUGGACGCACUGAAGAAUCAGUGAAAUUGUUUUUAAAAGACAUUGCUAACCAUCCAAUAGAUGUAGAAUAUGUUCGCUUAUUACACGAUAUCCAUGCAGAUAAUAUAAACGGUCAUCCAUGGAGAGGGUACACUAUAUUGCAGAAUACCUUACAACAAGAUCCCAUAAAGGAAAUUCGAAAUUGUGAGGGCGUCAAAAGACCUGUAUGCUUUAUAUUUUCAGCCUUAGGUUCGCAAUGGCCAGGAAUGGGUCGAAACUUAUUAAAGUUCCAUGUCUUUGCUAAAGCGAUAAAAAAAUGCGAUGAUAUUUUAAAGCCGUAUGGUAUAAGUGUCAUAGACAUUAUGACAAAAAUAGAAGAAAGCAUAUGCGAAAACAGGUUGAACAUUUUUCUCGGAAUCGUCGCUAUUCAGAUUGGCUUAGUAGAUUUCCUAACAUCCUUAGGAAUUACUCCCGAUUACAUAAUUAGUCAUUCUGCCGGUGAACUUGGUUGUGCAUACGCAGAUAAAUGUCUCACUAUUGAACAAACUAUUUUAUCAGCAUACUUUAUCAGUUUGGCAUGUACCGAAGAAAAAAUAAUUCAUAGCUCGAUGGCAGUUGUCAAUAUCAAUCAUGAGUAUGUUAGAAAUAUAUGUCCAGCGGACAUUGAAAUAGUGUGCCACAAUAGCGAGAAUAGCAACGUCGUAUGUGGACCAAAAGAAUCCAUAAAAGAAUUUAUGAAACAAUUACAGGACAACAAUAUUUAUGUGAAAAAGAUCAACUGCAACAUACCGUUUCACAGUUCUUACAUUGCAUCCGCGGAAAGUCAGCUUUUACUAAGUUUAAAUAAAAUAAUACCAUGCCCAAAAAAACGGAGUUCCAAGUGGAUCAGCACGUCUAUACCUCGCGCCAAAUGGUUUACUUCAACAUCAAAGUUAUCAUCGGCAGACUAUCACACUAGAAGUAUAUUAAACACAGUUCUCUUUUCACAAACGACGGAACUAAUUCCAAGUAACGCUGUGAUCAUCGAAAUCGCACCAGACGAUGUUCUACAUUACGUUUUGACAGGCUCUUUAUCUCUAAACGUGACAAAUUUAGUAUUAACACGACGAACCGAAAAAAAUAUUAAUAUAAUUCUACAAGGAAUUGGAAACCUUUACAAUUGCGGUUUACAGCCACAAGUUGCCAAUUUAUACCCAUCAGUUGAAUUUCCAGUUAGUCGAGGAACUCCUAUGAUUUCCCCAUCAAUCAGAUGGGAUCAUUCUGCAAAUUGGUUUAUACCGAAAGAAGAUCAAGGAUUUAUAGAAUCGAGAGGAAGAUACGUCAACAUUUUACUUGACGAUGAGGAAUAUAAAUAUAUGAGCGAUCAUGUAAUUGAUGGGAAAAAUUUGCUACCCGCGACAAGUUAUUUGGGACUCGUUUGGAAAACUAUUGGCAUGUUAAAAGGGGUAAUAUACACAACGGUACCGAUAGUUUUCCGAGAUAUAAAAUUUAUUCGUGCUACUCAUUUGUCGAGAAAUGAUGCUGUGGAACUAUAUAUUGCAAUACAGACAGAUGGAAAGUUUGAAAUAACCGAAGGAGACAGCAUUGUCGUAACGGGUACAGUAUACGAGACAUUGAAUCCAGAACAAGAAAUGGUUCCGACACAUCUAUUAUCGGAGAAUAGUGAUGAAGAUGAAAAUAUGACUGCACGAGAUGUCUACAAAGAAUUGAAAUUGCGUGGAUACCAGUACAGAGGCUUAUUUCGUGGAUUAAAGAGUGCCUCUAUUUCGGGAAGCCAAGGACAUAUCAUUUGGAAAAGUAAUUGGGAAUCUUUUAUGGAUACUAUGUUACAAAUGCUAAUUAUCGGAUAUGAUACUAGGGAAUUAUGUGUUCCUACGAGUAUUGAAAAAUUAGUAAUCAAUCCAAUGCUUCAUAUUUCAAAGCUGCAGGAUAACAUAGAUAAUGCAGAAGUUACAGCAAACAUGGAUAAACUAUUACAGGUGCGAGUAUACAAAAAGAUAGACACGAUAAAAGCUGGCGGAGUAGAGAUUCAAGGUCUGAAAGCUACUCAGAUCUCUCGCCGAAAAUUAGCUCAAGAUGUUGUUAUCGAGGAACAUACAUUUGUAGUUCAUUGUGAUCGCGCUAAAGUUUCCUUGAACGAAGCAAUUCGGUUAUCGGCUCAACUCGUACUGGAGGAUCAUCAAAUUACCAAAGUGCAAGCCGUUGAGCUAGUAGAAGAUGUCGAUGAUAUUGAAUUAGAACAUCUCUCGUCUUCGUUAUUGCUUGAGGCAUUUGAUGAUAUACCACUGAUACAAAUAAAUGUCACUCUAUUAACAUCAUCAAAUCGUUUCAAGCCAAAAGACUUACCGCAAAACUUCUCAAUCAAAGAUUUUGAAAAAUCAUCUUUGGAUGACAAAGCUUUAAUUGUCGCUGGAUUCAACCUUUUGACCAAACAACACGCAUCAUUAAAGCAACUGUUGCCAUUUUUGAGAAAGGAUGGUUAUCUGUUGACUCGUGAGAAGUGCGACUUAACUGAUUAUAAAAAAUAUUUGCAGCAAUACGAAUUAAACGUUAUACUCGAAAAACGCACUGAUAAAGAACUAGUUGUGCUUCUGAAAAAAAAAGUUUCGAUAAGAGAAAGAACUAUAGUUUACAUAAGUAAUGAUAACUUUAAUUGGCUGGAGAAUCUAAAGUCGCUUUUGAGUGACGAAAACAAGUUUGACAGGAAUAGUAGAAUUAUAAUUGUGGGAGAGAAAAAUUUUGAGUGCGGUUUAUUGGGUUUUAUUAACUGUUUGAGAAAAGAGCCAGGUAGUGAACUUGUUAGGAGUGUGCUCGUUCAAGACGAGGAAGCUCCUAAAUUUUCUCUUCAAGACCCCUUCUACUUACAGCAAUUGCAGAAAGAUAUGACCAUUAAUGUAUUGCGACCUAAUAAAACCUGGGGAUCGUACAGACAUUUAAAAUUACCACAACCGGAACCGAAACCUGUACUAACCGGCCAUGUCUGCCAAACGGUUCGUGGUGACUUGAAUACACUUCGUUGGAUAGAAAAUAAUUUAUCUGUCAUGUCUCGUCGUGAGAAUUUAGUGCACGUUGUUUACUCAUCUCUGAAUUUUAAAGAUAUAAUGCUCGCCACCGGUAAAUUAAUAUCUCCAGAGAACAUUUUAAAAGGACGGUUAUUUCAGUAUCUUCCUCUUGGAAUGGAAUAUGUGGGUUUUGAUGUUAACGGAAAACGUGUAAUGGGAAUUCGUGAUACUAAUUGCAUAGCAAACAUCGUUGAGAAAGAUGAAAUACUUUGUUGGAAUAUACCCGAUGUGUGGACAUUCGAAGAAGCAGCGACGGUCCCAGUGGUAUACAGCACGGUCUAUUUAACUUUAUACAUUCAUGGGAAAAUAAAAAAAGGUGAUAAAAUACUUAUACAUUCUGGUACUGGAGGUGUUGGACAAGCAGCUAUUCAUGUCGCUCUUAAAGAAGGAUGCGAGGUAUUUACUACCGUUGGCACAAAUGACAAACGGACUUUCAUUAAGAAAAUGUUUCCGAUCAUUGUGGAUGAUCAUAUUGGAAAUUCUCGAGAUACAAGUUUCGAACAAAUGAUUAUGAAUCAAACGAAAGGUUGCGGUGUCGACAUUGUGUUAAAUUCAUUGGCAGAAGAAAAAUUAAUCGCCUCCAUUCGGUGUUUAGCUCAAAACGGUCGAUUCAUGGAGAUUGGCAAAUUUGAUCUUGUUUCUAAUAAUCCCCUAAGUAUGUUUGCAUUUCAAAAGGGUAUUAGUUUUCACAGCAUUAUAAUGGAAAAUUUGAUGUUAAGAACUGAUAGUAAAUGGAAGCAUACAUUGAAAAAAAUGGUAGACGAUGGUAUAAAAAAUGAAACAAUCAAACCAAUUCAAGCAAAAAUUUUUCCAAAAUCUGGUAUUAAAGAAGCUUUUAGAUAUAUGGCGAGCGGAAAACAUAUGGGAAAGAUAAUUAUAAAUAUUCAUGAAAAAGAUGAACCUUUAGAUAAGCACGUUCUCGCGUAUCGUCGCUAUUAUUGUCUCAAAGAUAGGAGUUACAUUAUACUAGGAGGCCUGGGCGGAUUUGGUUUAGAAUUAACAGACUGGCUUAUAUUUCGUGGUGCCAGAAACAUCGUUCUGAUUUCAAGAAAUGGAAUAAAAAACGGUUACCAACGCAUGAAAGUUCGACUAUGGAAAUCGUAUGGCGUAAACGUUCUGAUCAUCAAGAAUAUCGAUGUUGCUGACCUCAAAGAUUGCGAAUAUCUCUUACGGACUGCGGAAAAAGAAGCUCCAGUGGACGCUAUAUUCAAUCUCGGUGUGGUACUGAGGGAUGGCGUCUUCAAAAAUCAAACUGCAGAAGCAUUUGCAGAGUCCUUCCAAUCGAAGGCUCGUGCAACGCAAAUGUUAGACAAGCUUUCUAGGGAAAUCUGUCUUAAUCUGCGGCAUUUUGUGGUAUUCUCUUCCGUUUCUUGCGGCAGAGGAAACGCUGGUCAGACAAAUUAUGGCAUGGCCAACUCUAUUAUGGAAAGAAUUUGUGAGAAAAGAGCGGAGAAAGGAUUGCCGGGAUUGGCGAUUCAAUGGGGAGCUGUGGGUGACGUGGGGCUUGUCGCUGACAUGAUGGAGGAUGAUAAGGAAUUAAUUAUCGGAGGCACUCUAGAGCAAAAAAUAUCUUGCUGUCUCAACAAGCUCGAUAAGUUUCUACUUCAAAGUCGGCCCAUUGUGAGCAGCAUGGUCGUAGCUGAAAAAAAAGUGGGAUGUCACGGAAAUCUGGUAGAAACAAUUGCUAAUAUUUUAAACAUAAAGGACAUAAAGGUUAUAAGUCCAAAUUCAUCUCUGCCCGAACUCGGAAUGGAUUCUAUGAUGGCUAUAGAAAUCAAGCAAACUCUGGAACGAGAAUUUGAUAUAUUUAUCACAUCACAAGACACACGAAAUCUCACUUUCGCAAGUCUCAUUAAGAUGUCUGUUGCAAGCAUCAAUGACAAUGAUGCAAAUGAUGAGAAGAAAUUCAACAUGGAGAAGUCAGACGUUAUAAAAAUUUUAGUUGGUAUUAUAUUAAAAGAUGAAGACUUUGUUUUCUCAACAGAUUUUUCAACUAACAGACAGAAUACUACGACUGAAGUAUUUCUUAUACCGGGGAUUGACGGAUGUGGUCCUGUAUUUAAAACCAUAAUACCAUAUAUUAAAUUUUCAACAUCAUUGUUGCAUUAUAAUGCAAACAACAUCGAUUCUACAAAUGUGAUAACAGAGACUACUAAUCGUCUGACAAACCACAUACUUUCGAAGCUAACAGACGAAAAAGAUUUUAUAAUAGUAGGGUAUUCCUUCGGAUCUCUUAUUGCAAUUGAAGUAACAAGAAAAUUAGAAGCUAUGAAUUUUAAAGGCCGACUUGUUCUUAUUGACGGUGCUCCUGAGCCUUUACGAACAAUGUUCAAACCUUUUGAAUCAGAUUUUAAUGAUGCAAAUUUUCAGAUUGAUAUAUUAACUAAUAUUCUGGAAACCUAUUCAGCAGGAAGUUCUCAAAAGAUUUUAAUGGAAUUGAAGAAAUGUGAGAGUUGGGAUGAAAGAUUUAAUGUUUUCGCUAAACAAUUCUCAAUUAUAUAUACAUAUCUCUCACUUUCAAAUUUAAAGACACUAUAUACGACAAUUUACAAACAUUUAUCCGCUCUCCGAGAAUAUGAUCCUUCUACUUUCCUGCCUAUUAAGUCUUCCAUAACAUUGGUAAAAUGUACAUCCUCGUUUAAUAUACCAAUGAUCGAAGAGGAUUAUGGUUUGCAUAAAGUAACUCAAGGUGUAGUAAAAGUACAUUAUAUUGAAGGUGAUCAUGUGACAAUCUUGAAAAAUAAAAAAGUAGCGGCUGCAAUUAACGGAGAAUUACCAUUUACAGUUUGAUGUUUUAAUUUUUAAGUCAUUUUAAUCAAUAUGAUAAACAGAUUGUAAUUAGAGCAAAAAAUGUUACGAACAUCUUCUAUUAGCUCAAAUUAUAAUAAAAAAAUUGAA